UCCAAAUUCCAAAGCUCUGAGCCUUCUCUCUGAAUUCCUCUUUUGUCAGGAAUUUCAGGGGAAAAAAUGCAGUUUCCCAGGACUUUUUUUAUUAUCUGUUCUGCAUUGCUCCUUUGCUCCUCGUUGACAUAUGGGCAAAAAGCUAGUCCUCCGGCUCCGGUUGCAAUGGCCCCGACUCCGACACCAGCACCGGCACCGGCACCGGAAUACGUUAACCUCACUUACUUACUCUCUGUGGCUGGUCCAUUUCACACAUUCCUUAAUUACCUCGAAUCAACUAAAGUCAUUGACACCUUCCAAAACCAAGCCAACAACACCGAACAAGGCAUUACCGUUUUCGUACCCAAAGACAAUUCAUUCAAGGGUCUUAAGAAGCCAACGUUGUCCAAUCUCAGUGACGACCAGCUCAAAUCUCUCAUCCUUUUCCAUGCCUUGCCCAAAUACUACGCCCUUGCGGACUUCAAUGAGCUCAGUUCAAAGGGUCCUGUCAGCACACUUGCUGGUGGCCAAUACACUUUGAAUUUCACCGACAACUCCGGCACGGUCCACCUCGAUUCGGGAUGGAGCAAAACCAAAGUCACCAGCGCUGUACAUUCCACCGAUCCUGUCGCUAUAUAUCAGGUGGAUAGGGUACUUCUUCCUGAGGCUAUCUUCGGUACUGAUGUACCUCCGAUGCCUGCACCAGCUCCAGCUCCAGCUCCAGCUCCUGAUGUUAGCCUUGCUGCGGAUUCGAAAGAAGGCGGUUCUUCGUCCAAGUCUUUGCCUUCGAGUUCAUCUUCUCAUGGGAUUGUGGAGUUGAGGUUGAGCGUUUGGAGUCAGCUGGUUUUGACAGUCUUCGGUGGGUUGAUUCUGCUUUCCUAAGAUACAGACUUGAUUGAGUGUAAUUUAUGUUCAUAGUUUCUCAAUUUACAUUGAUUUUUAUAACCAUUUUUUUAUGUUAUUAAGAUUAUGCGUUAAGAAGCAGGGGAAUUGUUCUGUUAUUAUUACUAUUUGAAUUUAAAUGGCGUUUUGCACGAAUCUCUGGUUAGUUGC